AUGUCAGCACCUGUGGAGGCACCAGAGCCCAUCCCAACCCUGCAGGAUUCUAUCCAGCAGCUCGGUCAACUCGUCAAGGAUCCCGAGAGCGAGCUGGAUGAGAAGGAGCUGCCUGGACUCGACAAGCUCAUUGGGGACUGGUAUGACGAUGAUACUGAAGUGACCAAGGAGGCCUUUGCCCGCCGGAUCCUUCAAGUCUUUCGAGAUUCCACGCACAACGAAGUCUACGACGAUGUCAAGUCUAAGCUUCCGGGACAGAGGGGAACAGUUCUUGACAAGUUUGUUGAUGGAGAAAUCACGGCCAAAGAUGCCGGUGCUCUCCUUGCGGAAUUGGAGGGCACACCCGCAGGAGCACCCCCUGUGUCGGGUCUUCAUGUUCAAAACUUGUUCCUGAGCUCUGCAAAGAAGGAUGCGGUGCCUGACAGAAAGUUUAUCAAGGGUGAAGUUGAAAACCGGGUGUUUGAAAACUGGGGUCGGACGGUGAAGAACACCCCUGCUAUCACAUACUACCCCGAGAACACCGCCGAGAUUCAAACCAUUGUUCGUGAUGCGGUCAAGAGUGGCAGCGGUGUUCGAGUAUCUGGUUUCCGCCAUUCCUGGGCCCCUGUUUUUGGGCGGAACGGAAAAGUCGGACAGAAGAACAACGGAGAUGUUCUCAUCUCGACCUUGACCGAGCAUAACGCUGGUGUGCUGCCAAACUUUACUUCACUGCCCUCAAGCCUUUUCCAACCCAAGGAAACUGAACUGAACCACAUCAAGGUCGUCGAUGCGGCUUAUGUGGGUGGCCAAGCUCUCAGUGGAGGGAAGAAGUAUGUUCGUGUCGGUACAGCUACUACGAACGAGCAGUUCCGACGUUGGUGUAUCAAUGAAGGGAACGUUACUCUGCCCAUGAACAUUAUCGAGGUGGAGAUUACCUUUGGCGGCAGCAAUGCCACCAUUUGUCACGGUGCUGGUAUCAAGCACCCCACGCUGAGUGAUCUUGUGCGAUGCAUCGAAUACGUCGACGUUCAUGGGGAGCUACGAACCGUGAACAUGGCUGAUGCCAAGUUGCUCAAGGCAGCCAGUGGCUGCUUCGGUCUCCUCGGUGUCGUCACUCACAUCACAUUCGAGUGCGAUCCCAUGUCGACAGCGGUCAUGUUUCCAGUGAAGCUCGAUGUCAUCGAAGCUAUCCCACCUCCGCCUGAGAUGAAGGACUCGGACAUCCCCGAGUCCCUUCGCCGACCUCGCACUGAGCAGCAAAAGCAGACGGACGUGCAAAACUUUGAGCGCCGUGCGAACGAAGACUUUUACGCUGAAUGGUUCUGGUUCCCCUACUCAAGCCAGGUGUGGGUGAAUACUUGGAAGACCGAUAACAACACUAAGGAUGUUGUCAACUACCCUAGCACCGCUAAAACUUUCAUUCAAGUCCUUGGAACUGCCAUCAUGAAUAUGGGGCAGAACGUCUUGCAAAAGAUCGAUGCGUUGCAGGCCAGGCCACAUAUGCAAACUACCUUUUUGUCAUGGCUGGCGAUGAAGAACCUUGAUGAACGCAAAGCGGGCGAGAAACCAAUCAGGACUCUUCUGCCUAACGCCCUUCACUUCCAGCGAGGCGUGCAGAACAUUCGAGUGCGUGAUCUCGAAGUAGAGAUUCCCCUCCACGCAAAAAAGGGCACGACUGAUCAACGCGAUUAUACCAAUGUCCGACGUGCAUGGUGGGAUGCUAUCAAAACCUGCUACGCCAACGUCGACACCUGUCCCAUGAGAAUGCCUCUCGAGAUGCGCAUCAUGGGUUCAAGCGAAGUCACCAUGGCACCACAGAGAGGCCAUAAGCUCGGAACUUGCGCAAUCGAGAUCCUUACGCUCAGAGCCGUUGCUGAUAUCUGGGAGCCCUAUGCCCAGCAGGUCCUGGACAAGUGGGCAACCUACAAGGACAACGAUGGCAAGCAAAUUGUUGUCAGGCCGCACUGGGCAAAGGAGUGGUACCAAUACAAGGUCAAUGGUAAGCCUUGGGUCGAGAAGCUGCGCAAUGAGGUCUACCAGAGCGAGAUUACAGAGUUCAAGGGACUGAUGGCAGAGAUUGGAAAGAAGCAUGGGUGGACGCUUUCAGACCUCAAGAAGACGUUCUCUAAUGAGGUUCUGGAUUAUCUGUACCUAGAUGAUGUUGCGGUUUCCCAAUCAAAGAAGCAGCCGCAGGUUCAAGUGCAGGAAGUGCCAGUGGCAGCGGCAACAAAGGCGUAG